AUGUUUAACUUCUAUCGACGUUUUAUACCUUCAUGUGCCCCCACUGUACAACCCCUAACCGAUCUUCUCAAAUGUGAUCCAAAAAAAUUUCAACUGUCAAACCAAGCGAAAGAAGCAUUCGUUAACGCUAAAGAAGCGCUAUCCAAGGUUGUCAUGCUUUCCCACAUCGACCACAUCCAGUUUAUCGAAGGAGAUUCCAAUAUUGUAGCCGAUUCUUUUUCUCGAUGUGAUGUUAAUCAGCUUCUAUCUUCGAUAGACAUUAGCUCAGACAAUAUCGUCAAGUUGCAGAAAAAUGACGCCGAACUUCAUACUUGUAGACGAAAGUCCUCCCUACAGUUGCAGGAUAUACCUAUUCCUCUGUCUGAUACAACUAUCAUCUGCGACGUUUCUACCGGCGUUCAUCGACCUUUUGUUCCACAAAGUUGUCGAAAACCUUUAUUUGAACAUCUACAUUCUCUGUGUCAUCCUGCAGUACGUGCUACGGUUAAGUUAAUCAGUGAGCGUUUCGUUUGGCCUAAAGUGAACUCCAAUAUUCGGAGAUGGGCACGCCAAUGCUUGCAAUGUCAAACGUCCAAGAUACAUCAUCACACCGUCACAACUACAAAGCAGUUCAACUUACCAGAUAAACGAUUUCAGCAUGUGCAUAUAGAUAUCGUUGGACCAUUACCAUCAUCCAGAGGUUUUACCCAUAUCCUUACAGCUAUUGAUCGACUCACUCAAUGGGCUAUUGCUUGUCCGCUCAACGACAUAUCUGCAGAAAAUACCGCUUUGGUUUUCCUAGAUCGUUGGGUGUCAAACUAUGGAGUACCAACAACGAUUACAACAGACCGAGUAGCUCAAUUUCAAUCAACUCUGUUUCGACAGCUUACGAGACUCCUUGGAGUGAACCACAUCUCCACUACAGCUUAUCAUCCUGCGGCGAAUGGUCUGGUGGAACGUUUCCAUCGACAACUGAAAAGCUCUUUGAUGCCACAAGCUGAUUCAUCUAAGUGGAGUGAACACCUACCAUUAGUUCUCCUCAGUAUCCCGUCAAGUAUCAAAGAAGACUUGGGAUGUAUACCUGCUCAUCUCGUGUAUGGUACUACCCUCACAUUACCUGGUCAGUUAGUUCCUUCUAACGAUUCAACUGAUGUAAAUACCUCCGAUUUUACCAGCCAUCUUACUCAACAAAUGCUUCAACUUCGACCAGUAGCCCCUCGCCAGUCAUUUCAAAAAGCUCAAGUUAACAAGGAUCUACUCACUUGCAAAUUUGUAUUUGUUCGCGUCGAUGCCAUUAGAAAAGGCUUACAACAUCCAUAUGAAGGUUCUUUUUCCAGUACUCAAAGGCACUGA